ACCACUCUCCAUUAUUGCUAUUUUAGUGAGAGAAAGUUCCAACUAGAGAGAGAAAGCACAGAGGAAAAAAAAAGAAAGCAGAAAAUCAACCAUCAUGGCGGCGAAGCGCUGCGAUGCAUGCAAAACAACGCCGUCCACGGUGUUCUGCAAGGCUGACAUGGCGUUCCUUUGCUUACCAUGCGACUCCAAAAUCCACGCGGCCAACAAGCUCGCGUCUAGGCACGCGCGGGUUUGGGUCUGCGAGGUGUGCGAGAACGCGCCCGCGUCCGUCACCUGCAAGGCGGAUGCGGCCGCGCUCUGCGUCGCGUGCGACCAGGACAUCCACUCGGCGAACCCGCUCGCGCGCAGACACGAGCGGAUCCCCGUGGUGCCCUUUUACGACUCUGCAUCCGCCAGGUCUCGGGCUGCGGAUGAUGAGAGCCCGCAGCCUGAGGAGGAGGCGGAGGCCGAGUCGUGGUUGCUGCAGGCCCCGAAUAAUAAUGCUCAAGGGAUUGAGUAUAAAUCAGCUGAGUAUAAUUUGUUUAGUGAUGUGGAUCCAUAUGUGGAAAUGGAUAUGAUAACGGAUCAAAAACCAUGUAGUGAUAUUCAGCUUUAUAAUCAAGAGUAUAAGGAAGAUUGUGUUGUGCCUCAUGUACAGAACAAGAAUCAUGAGAUCCAUUUGGAAGGUCCAGUUGUUGAUGGAUACCCGACUUAUGAAAUGGAUUUUUCUGGAUCUAAACCUUUUAUGUACAACUUCAGUUCUCAAUCCAUUAGCCAAAGUGUCUCUUCAUCAUCACUGGAUGUGGGAGUUGUGCCUGACCAUAACACCAUGACAGAUGUAUCAAACACAUUUGUGAGAAACUCCUCCAUUGAUGGACUACCUACCCCGGUCUCGAGCUCAGACAGAGAAGCAAGGGUAUUGAGGUACAGAGAGAAAAGGAAGAAUAGAAAGUUCGAGAAGACGAUACGAUACGCUUCUAGAAAGGCCUAUGCUGAGACUCGACCAAGAAUCAAAGGGAGAUUUGCUAAACGUACUGAGAAUGAUGUCGAUGCUUCGUAUGGUGUAGUUCCAUCGUUUUAAUAAUUAUGUAAUGUUAAGAAGAAGGAAAAGUAGUGUUUUUCCCUGUUGCUGAUGAGGAGUAUUACUAUUAUGUGUACAUAUUGAUCUUGUUUUUUGUUUUGGAUAGAAGUUCCCUUUCUACUUUGGUAUGUUUUUGUAAUGUAAUGAGCUUUUCUUUUCUUUUUGUAAGAAAAUAAGCUCCAUGGAAACUAAUUAUGGUAUUAAAAAGCUCUCAUGUUGCUUCAA